AUGGGCCGAAUUUUUUCCUGCUCUUAUAUUUUAUUAUCUGCUGGUGAAUACGGAGGUUCAGGCGAACUACUAGCAAUCAAAAAGUCCAAGAAACUUAGCACCAGUCUUCAGCCAGCAAGCCUUGGAAAGCCCAAAGACGGUUAUCUCCACUUCGGACAACGGGCGAUGAUCAUCAACGAAAAAACUGGAUGCUUCUUGUGUACCGAUGCCGGAGAUACAACGGAGAAGGUUGCUGGACUAUCUUUCGCAUGUGCAACUGGGCCCUGCCCCCAAUCCUGCGUCAGGAACGUGUUUCAGCUAUGUAGACCGAGACAGGAUGAUAAUUUCGGAUCCCAGACGAUCGUACAUUUCGGGCAACCUGUCUCUAUCAAAAUGGAUCCUCAGCUCUCCGAAACCUGCCCUGUCAAUGGCGAAGGCAGCGACAGAUUCCUGCACAGUGAACUCAUAUCGCCUACUGCUUCUGCCAAGAUCUCGAACUUCCAGCAAGUUCUGUUCUGUCCGGCCCCGUCAGCAAACGCAGAAUGGAAGAUUUUCCACGUCGACCCGCGCAUUCGAUUUGAAACCGAAGGCAGCCCCGUCCCAGCAAACGCGCCAGUUGUCAUCAAACACGCGCGAACGGGUCAGAUGCUCGCCUCCUCGCCCAGGAUGAAAUAUAUUAAUGAUUUCGGAGUCGAGUACGAGGUCUACUGCAAGUCCUACCUGAGGACGAACAAAACUCAGAAUCUGAUUGCCGAGUCACUCGGAAGAACGACAUCAGACAUUGACUCGAAACAGCAAGAAGCAGAGAACAACUGGAUGAUUCUCACAGUGACCGAGGACGGCGGGUCGCGGGACCCCUUCAGUGACUAG